AUGCAAGGGUGCAAGGAGAGAAAGGGGAAUCGGCUUAGAGACCACAGCGCGCAUUUGGUCGUAGGUUGUGGCGAGAUUUGGCUUCCGUUGAAGAUGAACGCAACAGUCGCGGAACAUCUGCCAAGAGCUGUCGACCAAUACUACCGUCUUCCAAUUCCAGUACUAGUUACUAGCACGGACAGCGUCGACCGAAUGCAAGGC